AUGAAGAAAAGAUCAUUUGAUUCAAGCAAUGCAACGGCGAUUUCUUUCAUGGUGGUUCUACUCUUAAGCAUUUUCUCAGUGCUAUACAUAUACUAUGGUGCCUCUUUUCCCAGAUUCAAUCACCUCUCUUCCUUUUCCAAUUCGCCUUCAUUGCCAAAAAAAUAUCAAGAUCAAAGUGAUCAAAAAGAGAAGCCGAUUACUAAGUGGGACCCUAUUCUUCAAGAUGAAUCUCAAAUCAGCUGUGACUUGUCUCACUAUCACUAUGAUCUCUGCUCAAUCAACAGUCCAACUGUCUUGGACCCAAUCACCUCCACUUUCUAUGUUAUUGGGCCAAAAAGCCCAAGAAAUUUCAUUCAUAAAAUUAGACCUUACCCAAGAAAAUGGGAGAACUUGACUAUGCUUAAAGUUAAGGAGAUAACCUUAAUUUCUGGCCCACGAAGCCCAAAAUGUGAUAUUAUACACAAUACUACAGCAUUAGUAUUCAGUGCAGGAGGAUACACAGGAAACUUUUUCCAUGACUUCAAUGAUGGGUUUCUUCCCCUCUUCAUCACCAUUCGAUCGAUGUCCUUAUCGAAUCAAGACGUUGUCCUUGUGAUCGAGAAAUCACGUGAUUGGUGGGUAAGUAAGUAUAGUGAUCUCCUUGGUGCUUUUAGCAAUUACCCAAUUUUAAAUCUUGACAACGAAAACAUUACCCAUUGUUUUACGUCUGCUACUUUGGGCCUAAUCUCACAUGGGUUUAUGACUAUCAAACCAAAAUUGAUGCCCAAACCGACAACGCUUCUUGAUUUCCAUUUUUUCCUAAACAAGGCCUAUAGCAAAGCCCAACAGUCUAAUUCUCUACGUGAGGUGGACCGGCCCAAAUUGGUAUUGUUUAGCCGAUCCGGUGGGGUAGGCCGGGUCAUCUUAAACGAAGUUGAAAUCAAGAACAUGGCAGAGAACAUAGGCUUCAACGUGAUUAUAUUUGAGCCCAAUCAUCGGACUUCAAUGUCUGAAGCUCAUGGGCUUAUUAAUGACAGUCAUGUUGCGGUGGGGGUUCAUGGGGCGGCAUUGACCCAUUUUCUGUUUCUACGGCCGGGUUCAAUCUUCAUACAAGUUAUACCCAUUGGGGUCGAUGAGGUUGCAGAAAUGUGUUUCGGAGGACCCGCUAAGGAAAUGGGCUUGACCUAUUUGGAGUAUAAAAUAAGGAUUGAGGAGAGUAGCUUGAUUAAAAAAUAUAACAAACUUGAUCCUAUUCUGGUAGAUCCAUUGGCCUCUAAUAAAAAUUGGUGGGCCCUUUUAGGUAGGGUUUAUUUGAAGGAGCAAAAUGUAGAAUUGGAUUUGAUUAGGUUUAGGAAGUACUUGAAUUAUGCAUAUAAAAAGGCAAAGAGAUCCAUGUACAAAGGUUAG